AAAUAUCCAUUUCCAAGAAUUUUCUGCUCCUACAUAAUUUGGGCGGUUAUUUAACGAGCUUGGUUUGCAAUAGUAUUAGAGGUUGUGAUAUUACAUUUUGCCGCGCAAAUUGUUAGUAGCCGAAAAAAAUAUUACUGUACUAAUAUUUACAAACAAAAACGUGGAUUACAUCAUAAUUAAAGAAUAAUGGAGUCAGACUGUGAAAAUACUGAUAAAAAAAAGGAAAUUUUAACGGAACGUGAGUUGGAUAAUGAUACAAGCAGGUUAGAAAUCAUAAAAAAACGUCCACGUGAGAAUGAUGGCUUUGAUGAAACAUGUAUUAAAAAACCUCGGGUUGAAGAAAACAAAAAUGAGUCUCAAGCCGUCAAUUAUAUUUCUCCUACCAAAAUGAAUGAUUCUCUACAAGAAGAUGUUGAUAAAGAAGAAAUUAAACCACUUGAAAAAGAUGAAACGAAUUCCGAAGAAAACAAACCUUCAAGUGAAUCAAAAGACUCUAAACUAGAUGAAUCUACUUUUAAUAAAAUUGAUGCAAAAAAUGAAGUGAGUGAACUUGCCUCGGAUAAUAAAAAAAUAAAUGACGAGACAGAUAAUUUUAAAUCUGAAGUUAAAAAUAAUGAUCAAGACUCUGAAGUUGUCGAUGGUUUAGAACUUUCGGUAGAAUGUGCUAGUGAGAAAGAAGCCUCAUCGGACAGUGAAAAAGAAGAAGGAAUCAAAACUCGGCCAAAAACAAUUAUCGUUAAGGAACCAUUAAAUGAUUCAACAUUAGAGAUGAAAGUAUCAGAAGCCGAAAAUUCAGAUGAAGAUGAAGAUAUGGAGGAAAAAAAAAUUAAAAAUAAAACAGGUGGAAAAUCUGAUAGUUCUGAUAAAAAAUUUCCUUCAGAUACUGACAGUCCAAGUGUUGAAGCUAAAAAGAUUAAGAAAAAAGAAAAUGAGUCAAAAGUUAGUAGUAGUAAUUCUGAAUUAGAUAUGGAUUCAGAAAAUGAUUCUGAUCAAGAUCAUGUUGAAAUCAAAAAGAAAAAAAAUGUUCAAACUUCAACUAAAAAACCGAAAAAUACCAAGCAAUCUCGAGGUCGUCCAAAAAAUACUAGACAAUCUUCAGAAGAUGAAUUAAGUGAAAGUGAAAAUGAUAAAGAUGAUGAAAAUAUUUCUAAAGUUGAAGAGAAUAAAGAUAAAAAAAAAUCAAAACCUGUUAUAAAUCAUAAAAUAGACAACCAAAACCAUUCAGACGACAAUGAUGCUAGCGAUGAAAUCGAUACUAAAAGUGAUAAAUCAAAUAAAAAAUGUAAAUCUUCAAAAGCUUCCAAAGUUUCUAAAAAUAAUAAAAAUUCAAAACUUGUUAAAAAAAAAAAAAAUACUUCUGAAGAUGAGGAAAAUGAUGAAAAUGACAAUGAAAAGACCGAUAAUAAAAAGAAAAAUAGUAAAGAUGUAGAAUCCGAUGGUACUGAUGAAUCUAAGAAAUCGUCAGAGAGUGAAGAUGGUGACAGUAACAGCGAUGAAGAUGAAAAAGAUGGAGAUAAAAAUAAAAGUACAAAAAAAAAGUCCACCAAGGCAGAUACUUUUGAGAAAAAAGUUGUAAACUUGAAAAAAUUAAUACGGGUGGCAGGUAUAAGAGUACAAUGUUAUAAAAGAUUUUGGUCUGGUUGUAAAAGUGAUACACAACGGAUUAAUAAAUUAAAAGAAUUAUUAAAAGAAAAUGGUGUUUCUGGACGGCCAACUUUGGAAAAAUGCAGGGCAGCUAAACGUAAACGUGAACGCAUUCAAGAAGCUGCUUCUUUAAAUCCCAAAAAUAUUUUAUCAGAAGGUCGUGUAACUCGAUCUAGGCGAGCUCCUCCAAAAAAACAAAAGUCUCCAACUCCACCGCCAAUUUCGCCUACUCGGCAUCAAGCAAUACGCAAAAAAAUUAAAGCUGUAAUUGAUAGUGACUCUGAAUAAUUUUUCAGUAAUUAUAAUUUAAAUAUUUGUUUUUAUUAUUUUUUAAGUAAUAACACUAUAUUGAUAAAAAAUUUUAAUUUUAACAUAAAAAUUGAUCCAACUAUCUAAAUUUGUAAAAAGAAAAUUAUUAAUUAUUUACACAGAAACAAUGGAUUUCUUGACACACGAAAAAUUUUACAUUAUGAAUUGAAAACAAAUAUUCUUUUAUGACUAGAAAAAAUUUCUUAGAGCAAGAAAUUUUUUCUCAACCCAAGAAAAUUUUUGUUUUCAACUCAACGCAAAAAUUUUUUAAGCCAAGACAUCCUUUUUUUUCUGAGUACAAAUAUAUUUAUGAAGAUAAGGUAGGGGACCUAGUACUCGAUCAAGGAACUAGUACCCGAUCACUCAUGAAUUUGCAUGUCUAUAUUUACUAAAUUUUACUAAAUAUAUUUAUACAAAUACAUGAAGUGAUCGAGUACUAAUUCCCUGAUCAGGUACUAGGUCUUUUACCUUAUACAAAUAAUUUAAAAUUUAUAAAAUCCAUCUUAAAGAUGUCUAAACUUUUGCUGACAUUUCGAAAGUAUAGUUUUAACAUAUUUUAUACUUAUAAACUGUAGUUUGACAUCAUUUAGUAUUUCAUCAUCCUACUGACCGUACCUGAUAGUGAAAACAAUAGUUAAAAAUAUUGUCCAUCACUGAACGAUCAGUAUAUCAUUGGCUAGUAACAUGUCUCGCAUAUAACUAAUACUUAAAAUAUAUUGUUGCUAACGUACCCAAUGGUAAUACUACAGUCGGUUUAAUUCACACUGACAGAUCCUUCCAAAGCAUAUGUCCACCAAUAGUGGAUAAAAUACUUAAGGAAAUGGCCUACUGAACAUUUCACGAUUAACAUAUUACUAUUAGAAAUUUUCGUAAAUACUAAAGUAAUACGUACAAUGUUAAUCGUGAUUACUUAUUUAACAUGACACUUGAUACUAAAUGCACGAAUGAUAAUAAGAUACCAAUAAGCAUAAUAAAUAUAAUGAAAUUAAAACUCCGCUAUUGUAAACUGUCAUUAAUUAAAAAAUAUAUAUAUAUUAUACUAAAUGGUUCAGACAAAAAUUUAUUGUACAAUAUUAAAAUUUUAUUUUUUUAAUAAUUGAAAAGUAAAUUCUAAAGUAAAA